UCGGGUUCCUUGAACUCCCGAAAUACAUCUACAUACCUAACAUAGCUACGUGGCUCUGGUUUUGUGUAACCCAUUUGGUUGGCUGCGCUUUAAAGGCGAUUACAAUAAAUAUUAAUAGGAUUUAUUGAUUGACUGGCGGUGGGCCAGAGCCAAAGCCAGAGCCAGAUCGACACGAGGCUCCGGACCCAUGUCCUUUCUUUCGCCCACCCUGCGCCUGGAGAAUCUGUCCACGCAGCCAACGAUGACGCAGGAUCAUGUGCCCGAGGACCAGCGCUACAACAAACAAAAUAUCGUCGCUCAGUGGUGUGUGCCCAUCAAUGGCAAGAUGUACCGCAUCGAGCUGGAACACGGCACAACCAGUGGGCGCCGCAUGAUUUGGGUCAAUGGACGGGAAGUCUUGCGACGCGACUGGAUGUUCAAACUGGUCGGCGAGGACACCUUUCACAUCGAUCAGACGCGCUGCAUCAUACGCGUUGAUCCUGCGCCAGGCUUCAAGUACGAGUACUCCCUCUACAUCGACGGCAAGUCGCACGACCAGUACACCGAGGACAUGACACGGCAGUACCGGCUGUGGCUCUAUACGGAUGAGGCGGCCGCAGAGGCGCCGCAGGAAUAUAGGAUAAUGCUCAAGCUGGAUACGCUGAGUCUCUACGUAAACGAUGAGCUGCGCACCGAGGAGUCGGUUUUUGUUCACGGCGGCACAGACACCAAGUUCCAGCUGCAGGACACGGAAUUCGUGCUUCAGGCACGCUCAAGUGGCAAUAAACAUGAUGGCAUCGUUCACACUCUGCUGGCGAAUGGGGUGCCAGUUCCGGAGGCGAAGAUUCAGGAGAUUAUGCAAGAGCCCGUCUCCAUUUUGCAGAGCAGCAACUGAGGGGCCACAAAUGGCCACCUCCACACGAUAGGAUAACGUUUUGCAUUUGUUGAAUUUUUGCCCAGUUGUUAAUA